AUGGCCGUUCGCGCUCUACUGCAGGUGGCCGAGAAGUGCCUCGUGUGCCGUGUUUGCUACACCCUUCUCCGCUCCCCAGUGGUGUUUUCAUGCGGCCACGUCUUCUGCAAGGCGUGUGCCGAGCGUUCCAUUGAGGAGAGGCCACGGUGCCCUUUGUGCAACCACGCUGUCAUGAGCCGCCGGGCAAUCACAUCACUGCCGACCGUCGCGAGCCUCAUGGGCCUGGUGCAAGAUGUGGCCAAAUCACUGCGUCUGCAACAGACGGCACACGUUGCUGCCGUGAGGGCUGGCAAUAUUGCACCGCCGCGCCUGACGGAGAAGAUUGUUGGGAUACAGAUGGCGGACGAAAAGUGUUUUCCGACGGCUGCUGUGAGGGAUUCACUUGCGUCCACUCCGACCGUGGACGACGAUGCCGAUGAAAAGACGGUGAGGGUACCGACGAUCCACCGAGAUGUGACUAUGCCAGAGACACAGUUCCUGCGUACUUCUCCGCCGCCCGUGCCUGUGCUGACUGACGAUUUUGUUGCAUGCGAAGACGCGGAAACGCAACGCAUUUCCUUGAGAAGUCCGAUUGCAAGUUCUUUUUCCUGUUCUUUGCAAAAUCAUUAUUAUCAGUGCGUGGCAGUACGUCGUUGCAUUGGGGAACUCUCAGUGGGGGCCUAUGAGCGUGUUGGUUGCUGCGUUUUAUGCGGGCUAGAUAUCAAGAAUCGUACUCGGGUUCGCCAAUACUUACAGCGGAUUCUUAAUUCGGAUCCUACCUGCGACCACAUGCGUCUUCGGAGGCUGAACGAGGUGACGUUGAGCGACUUUUUGGGUUCCAUGUGGGAUCUGCACCUUCCCAGUCAAAUUGUGAAGCGUGCAGCAAGCGGUAUGUGCCGAAAGCAUGGCCGUAGCGGGACUUUUCUUUCAUCUUCUACGCUAUUAGUGCACCAGGCGUGUCUCGAGUGGUGCGUGUUGCAUGAACGAGUACGAGACGCGGUCGCUUUGAAGGUUGCGGUUAUGGACACACAGAUGCAGCAGCUGGAGGGCUCUUUGCGUGCUUCCACAUGUUUCUUUUGUUCAAACAGAGGAAAAUGCCUGAUUUUGUGUGAGAGGUGCCAGCGGAAGUCCUAUCACUACCCCUGCGCACUGCUGACAGGCGCUGGCGUGUGCAACAUUUUAUCUGAAACCAUGUCUCUGAUAUGUGCGACGUGCCUGCAGGAACAGGAAGAGCAAGGGGAAGGGGAGACGGAGGAGGAGGAGGAGGAGGAGGAGGAGGAGGAGUUGUUGGUGUUAUUUUAA